CUACCAUUUGCAAAAGUACUUUGUGUUGCUGACCUGCCAGUGCGUGCGUGGCAGGUGAAGGGCAAAACAAGCUUUUUGAGUCCUUUGUCGCAGUUUUUUUGCAAAACAACUUUAAGAAUAACUGUUUUCAGCAGAGAGCCAUCACCUGUGACUUAAGAAAGCGCCUGGAGUGAGAACAUUUUUCUCUGCCUGGUUAGCGUUCCCUUGGUCGAAAUGGAUCAUUAAAUCCUUCGCAGAUCAGCGUGACUAAUUCAGCACAAAUCUGAGAGCUGUCCCUCUCAACCAGCACAUCAAGCAGGGCUUUCCAGGCAGGGAUGGGUUAACAGGGAUCGGCCAUGGUGGUGACCCAUCUGGCUCUGGAGCUGCGUUUCCAGGGGAAGAAACUGAGGGGCUUCACGUGCAAACUGACCCGCUCAGCCCACGGCUUCCUGCCAGAGAGCUCGUGGUUCAUCGCAGCCCAGGUUCUGCUGCCAUACCUGCUGUCUGGCCUGGGCAUGGUGGCAGCCGGGAUACUCAUGGAUAUUGUGCAACACUGGGAGGUGUUCAAGGAGGUCUCGGAGGUAUUUAUCUUGGUGCCAGCCCUGGUGGGGCUGAAGGGGAAUCUGGAGAUGACAUUGGCAUCCAGACUGUCAACAGCAGCCAACACAGGGCAGAUGGAUGAGGCUCAGCAGCAGUGGAGGAUGGUAUUCUGUAACCUGGCUCUCAUUCAGAUCCAGGCCACAGUUGUGGGCUUCUUGGCAGCGGUUGCAGCAGUGGGUCUCGGGGGUAUGACCAGGGGGAGAGUGGAUGUUAUCCAGGCUGCUAUCCUGUGUGCCAGCAGCGUCACCACUGCUUUCAUUGCUGCGCUCACUCUAGGUCUGGUGAUGGUGGCAGUGAUCAUUGGCUCCAGGAGAGUGGGAAUCAACCCGGACAACGUGGCCACGCCUAUCGCUGCCAGCCUCGGAGAUCUCAUCACCCUGUCUUUGCUCGCUGGGGUCAGCAGCCUCUUCUUCUGUUACAGAGACAUGUGGUACCUGCCUCCUGUGGCGUGUGGUUUCUUGCUGCUGCUUAUCCCAGCGUGGGUUAAUAUUGCCUGUCGCUCUCCACCGGUCAGAGAGGUCCUAAAGUCAGGCUGGCAACCUGUCAUUUUGGCCAUGUCCAUCAGCAGUAUUGGUGGUCUGAUUCUGGACAAGACAGUGAGUAAUCCAAACUUUGAAGGUAUGGCAGUGUUCACCCCAGUCAUCAAUGGUGUAGGGGGAAAUCUGGUGGCCAUCCAGGCCAGUAGGAUGUCCACCUACCUCCACUACUGGGGUGUUCCUGGAGCUCUUCCAUUUAAGAUGAAUGUGAACUGUCCUGGACCCUUUGCUACCUUCUGCUCCUCAGAUGUGAACUCUAAAUCAGCCAGAGUCCUGGUCAUCCUAGUAGUCCCGGGCCACCUCCUCUUCCUGUACACCAUCCACCUCCUGCAAGGAGGCCAUACCGCCAUGACACCCACCUUCAUCAUCUGCUACCUUUCUGCAGCUCUGCUUCAGGUGGUGAUUUUGCUUUACGUGACCAGGCUGAUGGUGCACUGGCUGUGGCAAAGGGGACUGGAUCCAGACAAUUUCUCCAUCCCCUACCUAACAGCUCUGGGUGACCUGCUGGGGACUGGCUUCUUGGCUCUGACUUUCAGACUGAUUCUGAUGGUCAACUCAAAUGUGACUGGAAUUUGAGACCGAUAUGUGUUCCGGUACAACAUGAAUGUACUGUUCCCUAUGUGCAAGUGGCUGAAACACAUUGCAAAGUCCAAUGGGCUUCCUUCAAGAAGGAAGAUGAGGAAGUAUGAUGCAAGUAUGGCAUUCUAUUUGUGCCUUGGUACUGAUUGUACUGUGGCACAUUUUGAGCACAGAAAAAUAUUUUUUUUAAGCAAAUACAUUCUACUUUGUAGACAAAUGAUAAUGCAGAGAAUAAUUUAAUUUGAGCAAACACAAAUCUCCUCUGUGCUCAAUAAAUGUAUUUUUUUAUUCACUAUUAUCCAAGUGCACAGUAAUGACCUCUCACUCAGUUUUACUAAUUUGCUCUCUAAUUCCAUCCAAUUUGCACAUAACCCAGCACAUUAUGAAUCUGCCUCUGUCAAGAGAUGAGAGGAAAAAGGAGACAGUCUGGUGGGAAAUAACAGAAAGAACUUUCUCAAGAGUUCAGUCAGACGCUGAGCUGAACAAAAACACACAGUUACACCCACAGACACAGUCUGUUGCUAGCUGGCUUACAGCUUACAUGCAGUUGGCACACUGGGUGGUUGGGGUGAAUCAAUACAGAGUCCAAUGGUCGGAGUCAUGCGAGUGAAACUUCAAUUUCUGUCUGAACACACUUUAACAUUCGUGGCACAAUUUUAGCCUGUCCAAAAAAUGGACUUGGUCAUUUCUGGUUAGCUGUGUUGUCGCCAGUCAGAUUGCUAUCAGGAUAGUUGAUUACAGCCAAUCUGAGAGAGGGAAGUAGGGAAGCACUGGGAAAAUGAUAAGUAGGGUAACACAGCUACAUGAAAGUACUUAAUACCAUUUUGGUUACAGCAAAACUAGUUUUAUGAAACUUUCUAAAACAAUGCUUGCAAGUUAGUCUCUACCAAGCUUUUUUAGGUUUUGUAGGUAGCUACUGUAGCUGACAGAUAGUUUCCAGGUAAGCAGUAGCUAGCUAAAUUAGUU